UAACUCUAAUUUUACUUCGAAGUUACAAAAAUUCAAGAAUCAUAAGUACAUGUGCUUACGAAUCAAAAAUUGUAGAGAAUAGAUCUGUUCCUUUGGAAAGAAAAGGAAGAAAGAUGAAUCGGUGCAAAGUUCAGCAAAAAGAACAGGCCUAUAUUUUACAGUGAUUUUUGGAAUUUGGACAGUAUUUAGUAUUUGGACAGUGCGCAGUACAUAUUGAAUGCGUGUUUAAUAGACAUCUAUCGAGCUAUAUUUUUUGUACUGUUAAUUGUGUACAAUAACUUCUACAAUAUAAAAAAAUAGAUAAAUUGAAAAUAUGGACAGAUUAAAGGAAUAAUAAAUCAGAGAUAUAGCUUAAAUAAGUAUUAUAAAGAAUUUUUAUGCAAUCAUAUUUGCAUAAGAAUAUUUACGUCGAAUUUAUUUUAUUUUUGCACAUUCAACUUUGAACUGAGUGAUACGAGUGCAUUGAUAGCAGCAUUUACUUACCUUAACAUCGUUUCAUAAAUUCAUUCAAAUUACUCUACGUGUGCAAGAGUAAAGAAGAUUUUCAUUAUUCAACAAGACAUACAUUGUAACAGUAAGCAGCAGAAAUGGCAGAAGUAGAACAGUUUACAGAUAUAAAACUUUCUGUACCUUGGGGUCAUGUUGCUGCCAGAACUUAUGGCUCUCCCACAGGAAAACCAGUCUUAGCAGUACAUGGUCUUCUAGAUAAUGCAGGAACAUUUACUAGAUUGAUGAAAUAUUUACCAAAAGAUUUAUUUUAUUAUGUAUGCAUAGAUUUACCUGGCCAUGGAUGGUCAUCACAUUUUCCAUCUUGGAUGAUGUUAGACAUUAUGGAUUAUGCACAUGCAUUAUAUUUUGUCUUAGAAGUGCUUCAAUGGAAAACAUUUAUUUAUCUAGGACACAGUUUGGGAGCACAAAUAGGUGCAAUAUUCAGUAUUUUUCACCCAAACAGAAUCGAGAAGUUAAUUUCUUUUGAUGGGAUUCUUAUAAAUUCUAUAAAUAACGAAAUUACAACUUAUUUUAAGAAUGCAUCUGCAUUCUCAAUAAAAGUUUGUCAUGCAGAAAAAUUGUUAUCUUUUACUAGAAAAGAAAUAUUAUAUGCUCUUAAGACUUUUAGGUUUGGAGUUUUGAAUUCUGAAGCUGCUGAGGAGUUGUUCGAGCGUGCAGUUACAGAAGUAAAUGGAAAGUAUAUCUAUAACAGAGAUAUACGAUUAAAAAAUCAUUCUUUAUCAUUUAUGCAGACAAAAGACUAUCAGAAGUUUAACAACAUGCUUUCAAUUCCAAUAUAUCUCUGUGUUUCAUCUCACGGUAUUAUGUGUCCACGUAAAAAAUUGAUGCUAGUAUUGGAAACAAUAAGGGUUAAAACCAUAAUAGAAGUAAUUCAUAUAGAUGGAAAUCAUGACGUUCAUAAUAAUAAUCCUGAAAAAGUUGCACCAUUUGUGUGUAAAAUAUUAAAUAAUGCAUUAUAUUCUAGCAAACUGUAGAUAAUUGUGUGCAUGCAUACAUGCAUACACACAAUGCAUGCAUAUGUAUCCAGUAGAAAAAGAAAUUGUUAAUAAACAU